AACAUUCGAGUAGCUUGUCCGAUGCCCUACCCAUCAUCCCGACCCUUGGUGUCUUCGACUUCCAGGGUUCACAUUACCAACGUCGCCAUGCCCUACUGAGCUUGUCAUCUGAUGCAUAUGGAGUGGUACUUACCAAGGCACCCUAACAGGUAAUUCGCGGUGCACCUCAACUCUGCGAGGGAUCCAUGGCUUUCGCCUUAAACUACUUCCAAUAAAUCAGUAUUUGGAACGAAAAGGAUUCACGUUCUACUUCCCAAGUUGGUUGUGUGUUUGUAUAGAGUCAAGAAUGUCGAAUUUUGUUACUCAAUAGCACGGAAAAGGCACAUCAUCGAUCGAAACCCCUAUAAAUGGAGAGGGAGCUACUGCUUCUUUGUAACAAACAAUAGGGAGUAGAGGGCAUCUUCUUCUUGCUCUUCCUCUUUAUUCGAUCCCCCAAUCUAUACCACUCACCUCUUUCUUGUUCUUCUUCUGCCGAACGAUCGACAACUUCUCUCACGUACUCCCAUGGUUUCCCGGUCCUUGAUGGCUCUGUUUCUGUGACUUUGCUGCUCCCCAACCCCAAUCUGUUACUGCUUCCCUCACUUCUCCCGUCAAUUCCUUCACCGAGUUGGAGGGGUUUCCAAUCCAACCUUUCUGCAUUCUUUCGCACGAACAGAAUUGGGGCAUGCGUCUGAUUCAAACAUCUUUCCGUCCGUUUUCAUCAAUUUGUUGCUAAUGCAUCCCGUUGCACAAAUAGAAUUGCGGUAUGUAUUCUGAUUCAGACAUUUUUCCGUCCGUUCAUAUAGUUGUUUGUUGGUUACUUAGCCUCCUCCGCAUCGCCCGAUCUCCUCCGUAAGCCACCCAUCCUCCUCCUCCUCAAAUUGAGUUUCAGGAUGCGCUCCGCCACCGUUAUUGGGAUCAGCCAGACCGAUUGAUCCCGCAAAGCGGUCGCGGCAGAUGUCCGGCGCUACCAAAGCGGUAGAAGAGAGAAUUCUCUUCCCGGCAAAGAUGGAGGAGGCGGCGCCAGCGUCGGAUGGCGAACAGUGGCGACGGCCAGGCGGUUGUAAUCCUGUGAAGAAGCCGGGGCCAGUGUCCAUGGACCACGUCCUCCUGGCCCUGCGCGAGACCAAGGAGGAGAGAGAGGUCCGGAUCCGGAGUCUUUUCAACUUCUUCGAUGCGGCCGGCGUCGGCCAUCUCGACUACGUACAGAUCGAGGCCGGCCUCUCCGCCCUUCGCAUCCCCGCCGAGUACAAGUACGCCAGGGAUCUACUGAAGGUGUGCGAUGCCAACCGAGAUGGCCGUGUUGACUACCAGGAGUUCCGGCGCUACUUGGACGACAAGGAGCUCGAGCUCUACCGCAUCUUCCAGGCCAUUGACGUCGAGCACAAUGGUUGCAUCUUGCCGGAGGAGCUCUGGGACGCACUCAUUAAAGCAGGGAUUGAGAUUGAUGACGAGGAACUUGUCCGUUUUGUGGAGCAUGUGGAUAAGGAUAAUAAUGGGAUAAUAACUUUUGAGGAAUGGAGAGAUUUUCUUCUGCUUUACCCUCAUGAAGCAACAAUUGAAAACAUUUAUCAGUACUGGGAAAAAGUUUGUCUUGUGGAUAUUGGAGAACAGGCAGUUAUUCCAGAAGGGAUAAGUAAACAUGUAAAUGCAAGCAAAUACUUGAUUGCAGGAGGGUUAGCUGGGGCAGCUUCUCGUACAGUUACUGCUCCUCUCGAUCGUCUUAAGGUAGUUUUGCAAGUACGAACAACACAAGCACGCAUUAUGCCGGCAAUAAAAGACAUUUGGAGAGACGGUCGUUUCUUGGGUUUUUUCAGAGGGAAUGGCUUAAAUGUAAUGAAGGUUGCACCAGAAAGUGCAAUAAAAUUUUAUACAUUUGAAAUGCUAAAAGAUUUCAUUGUCACAGCCAAAGGUGAAGAGAAGAGUGAUAUUGGGGCUUCUGGGCGACUGAUUGCUGGUGGUUUAGCAGGUGCAGUGGCACAAACUGCUAUAUAUCCACUUGAUCUUGUGAAAACACGAUUGCAAACUUAUGCCUGUGAAGGUGGUAAGGUUCCCAACCUUGCUACUCUGACAAAAGAUAUCUGGGUUCAUGAAGGACCUCGAGCCUUCUACAAAGGUCUCAUCCCAUCUCUUCUUGGAAUUAUUCCAUAUGCAGGAAUAGAUCUUAGCGCAUAUGAGACCUUGAAAGAUAUGUCUAGAACAUAUAUUCUGAAGGACAGUGAACCGGGUCCACUUGUGCAACUAGGUUGUGGAACUAUCUCAGGAGCUCUUGGAGCAACAUGUGUCUACCCUUUGCAGGUUAUUAGAACAAGAAUGCAAGCCCAGCACACCAAUUCAUCUUCUGCAUAUAAUGGAAUGUGUGAUGUGUUCUGGAAAACCCUUCGAAAUGAAGGUUUUUCGGGAUUCUACAAAGGGAUAAUUCCAAAUCUGCUCAAAGUAGUGCCAUCUGCUGGUAUUACUUAUCUUAUUUAUGAGACCAUGAAAAAGAGUCUAUAUCUUGAUUAGACAACUAUUUGGUUUUGCUUCAUUUCCACCAUAAUUGACAUGACUGACUAUAAAGUACAUGAUGAUGAUGAAGAGGAGAAGAUUACAGAUUUGAGUAGGUGAUAUGAUUGUUUCAAUUGUAUCAUGGUAUUUUUCUUCACAUAUGAAGUGAAGGUUGUCUGAACAACUCUUUUUACACUUCUCUUUGGAGAUAAUAAUAAAUGAGUUAGCUUUUUCA